CGAGGGGAACAAAGAUGGCUAUGGAUCUAUCCGCCAUUUUCUAAAGUGAGAUAGAAUAAGUUGUUUGUGAACAUUUUUGUAAUAUUUAGUCUAUUUUGACAAUUUUUUGAUUGAAAGAGAUCAAUAGUUCGGUUUUAAAUUGAUUUUAAUUGCCAAAUUUGAUUCCAAGUGUCAUAAGUGAGUGUUUGAAGACUUCAUAUUAUACGCGUCUCUCAAGAAAGACCAUUGUGUGAGAGAAGACUUCAGACAGUUUUUACUGUCUACUAAUUAUCAAUGAUGUUCGAUCCAAAUACUAUAACAACACAGCAAUCCCAGAUACAAUAUCAGCAACCGCAGCAAAAUGAUAAGGACAAAGGACAAGACCAAAAGGACACCUUCGCCCCAUUCUGUUACGCAAACGUCAACAUGAUCCACAAGAUCACGCCAAACACCACACAAACACACAACUCCACUGUUAAUAUGUCGCAGCUGACAGACGAUAAAUGUUACAUAACUCAACCGUUUAGCUAUAAUUAUACUUUGGUCAAUCAAAAUUUAUUAACUCAAAAUGCAAUAUCUAACAUCACUUUCAAGUGCGACGUAUGCGGGUUGAUGUUUGCACAUUUGUCUUUAUUGAAUCACCACAAGAAGGUGCACCAUGGCCAGAGUGAUCAAAAUCAAGGGCAACAGCAACAGAUCACUGUUCAGGUUCAGCAACCUCAGCAACAGCCAACUAUUCAAAUAGUUUCAGCAGAUCGGAUACGGUUUUCCUGUGAAGAAUGCGGCCUCACUUUCGGCACACAAAAUGACUUGAAAACGCAUAAAAUACAAUCGCAUCAACCACAAACCCAACAACAACAGCAACAACAACAGGUCAUUAAAAAUUUCCAGGUUCAAACGCAGCCACAACAGCAGCAGCAGCAACAACAACAACAACAACAACAACAACAAAAUACGUUGAAGAUCAAAAAUUGCGAAUCGUGCGGUGCUCCUCUACCGCAAGACAAUAAUAAAAAGCGAGCCGUUAUGAAAGUGAAAUGCGAGAAUUGUCUAAGCGCCGAAGCCAUACAACCUCAAAUAUUUGUAGUGGCUACCGCUCCCGAUACUUCCGUCAAAUUCGAAGAAAGUACCGGAACACAGACGCAAACUCAGGGUCUUGGAACUCAAAAUGCAAUACCUAUAGGAGUAAAAAAUAACCACCCGGUGAAACGAAGAGGUGUAGCCAGCGUAACCAAAUGUACGAAAUGUAAUGGCAGCGGUAUCAUUUUUAUUGGCGGCUCCAAAAAUCAACAAAACAGUGUUGAUAAACCUUUCCACUGUAAUAUUUGCAACGGUUCCUUCAGCAGGUAUUCUUCCUUGUGGUCUCACAAACGUCUUCACACUGGCGAGAAGAACUUCAAAUGUAAUAUUUGCGGAUUAGCGUUCGCCAAAGCGGCUUACUUGAAAAACCAUUCUAGAAUACAUACCGGUGAGAAACCAUAUAGGUGCAAUGUGUGCGGCAUGCAAUUUUCACAAUCGCCGCAUCUAAAAAACCACGAAAGAAUUCAUUCCGGCGAAAGACCGUACAUUUGUGAGGUGUGCGAUAAAUCCUUUGCGAGGCAUUCGACGUUGUGGAACCAUAGGAGAAUUCACACUGGAGAAAAACCAUAUCGAUGCGACAUUUGUGGAUCCUGCUUCAAUCAAGCCACGCAUUUAAAGAACCACGCGAAAGUACAUUCCGGAGAAAAACCUUUUAAAUGUGACAUUUGUUCUGUAGGAUUUUCCGACAGAUUCGCUCUGAAGAGGCACCGAAACAUCCACGAAAAAUACGGCAGAACGAAACCGCAAAUUUCAACGACCGGUGAAGACGCACAAGGUACCAACACGUCCUCCGACUCGAUGAACUCCUCGGCCAACAUGACGGCGGUCGUUCAAGAUGGCGACCACGAUCACGAGGAGAUCAUCGAAGCAAAAUACGAACAAAAAUACGAAUCGGUCGAAGGUAGCGACAUGGAGGAAGAAAUGACUGAUAUCUCGGAGUUACAGGUGCAAUUACAAUAAGAUGCGAACGUUUUAUCAAAAGUUGCAUAAUCAAAAAUAAUCUGUAGAUACAUUUUUUAAAGGGAUAGAACGAUGCGAUGAUGUUUACGGUAAUUUCAAAAAUAAAUUCAUGGCAUCCCAAUUUUGAUAUAGGAUUGUUUCUGAUCACCGGUGUUUUUUUUUAUUAAAAAGUAAUGUCUAUAAUGUAUUCGCUUGAAUUCUAUUGAUACUGGAUGUACCAUUAUGUUUGUUUUUUUCUAUUUAAACAGAUUAUUAUAUAUAUUACAAAUUGCAAUGAAAAGUAUAUUUUUUAAAGUUUCAAAUGUUUCGUUUUUAAAAUCGGUUAAGGUUCAGUCAUCGAUAAUCGUAUGAAACACGAAAUAUACUGUUAAAAAUUAUUUUUUUAACAACUCCCUCAUGAUAUUUCAAGAGUUGUAUUCAUUAGAUAAAUUAAAAACACGUGUGUAAUAAAUUUAAACCGGGAAACUUGAAUUUGUUAAAAACCCUUUUUUUAAAGCAACUAUCUUAAUAAAUAGUUCUCCAAACUGAAAGUUACAAAUAAAAACUAAAUAUUUUUCUUUACAUUAAUUUUAGGAACUUCCCGGAUUUUACCAGUAAAGAGACGAUUUAUAGAGAAAUUAGGGGGCAACAUAAAAGGACAUCCGGUAUUUUUUUUAGUAAUAAUGUAUAUGACACAUCUUAACAUUCACAAAAUAUAAUUUCGUUUACUGUAAAAAGUAUCUUUAGUCUUUCUAUUCCUUGUUUUGACUGUUUUAAUUUAAUGAAACGAGGUGGUGCUCUUUGAUUUUUUGUGGUUACUAUAAAUUCCAUAAUAUAUAGUGUCCGCCAAAAAGUAUGCACCAUAUUAUAUGGAAAAUGGUGAAUAAUAAGGUUAAGUAAAUUUAUGUUUUCGGACACACCCAUUUAUCACUGAAUAAUUUUGAUUUUUGAUGACUGUAUUUACCAAGCCUCAACUUUUAUUAAGCAUUUUUAUUUAAACAAAUUAAUAAUAACAAGUUUUCCAUACGAUGCUCGCAUUUUUUGGCGGGCACUGUAUUAUAUAUUAUAUUGUAUAGACGCCGCGUCGGGGCAGUUAUUCUCAAACCGGGGUUUCUCAAUAUUUUUUUAAUUCUUUGGUUAAGAAAUUUAUAGCUAAUGAUAUACGUUGUCAAAUCAAAAAAAAUAGCACUUUUUACUGAUAAUAAAAUGUUGUCCAACAUGAGCAACUUUUAAAUAGUGAAUUGUCAUAAAACCGGCUCGAAAGACCAAAUUGAGGUGUAGGGGUGCUACAUGGCUACAAAUUAUCUUGAAAUCAUUACGGAAAUCCCAAAAUCAUCACCGAAAUCAAGACCGAAAUUCGGCCAAUCAUCAAAAAAUCAAGUGAACAAAAUUGUAUUGCCGGAAUCGUAUAAAAUUAAGAGGGAUUUCGGCGAAAUUAUAUGAAACCAUGGGUAAUUUCGCCAAAAAUGCAUAUAAUAAUUUAUGUACAUACGAAUUUUUGGUGAUAUCUGAAAUACGGGUACCUUUUGACCUUAGUGGUUUAUCCCUUGGUAAAAACAUUAUUUUUAAAACCAAAGAGGGCUAUUAUAGGUCCACCAACCGAAUUUGACUGAGUGUCUCUACAACCAUGCCAAAUGUCACUAUCAUCUGUCAUACUGUCGUAAAAAAAUAUCUCACGAAUAUUUUUGUAUGAGGAUCAGUCAAAUAUAAACAGGAAUUUUUUAAAUUAAUUUAUUAAUGCAAAACAAAAAAGAAACAUUUUUUAAAUUUUUCUACAUGUUCUCCCUUAAAGAUCUACACAUUUUUGCCAACGCCUAGGAAGCUUUGUGUUUCCUUCCCCAUAAGUUUGGGGCUGUGUUACAACCCAGUUGCUGACAUCUUUGUCAUUUUCGAAAAGCGUUCACCCAUUGUUUCUUUCAGUGGCCCAAACAAAUGAUAGUUGCAGGGCAACAAAUGUGGGCCAUAGGAGGGAUGUUCCAAGAUUUCUUAGAGGAAUUCAGCAAAUUUUUGUGUAGUCAAAAGGCCUGUGUGAGAACAAGCCUUUUCGUGAAGCAAAUCACAUGUCAAAUUGAGUCUGUAUGGGGCUUUCUAAUAGAACCACUUGAUUACAAAAUUAUGCUCAAUUUGGUUAAUAAUAAGCCUACACAGAACACGAGGCGAAAUAAUCCUGGUAGUUGAAGCCGAUGACACAUACAAAAAAAAAAAUAGUCAAAGAAAUGGCUCAUAGAACGUUUUUCAUAGCCAAACACUACAGUAUAUACUUAUACCUGGUCCCUUAAAGGUGACUGCCCGCGUUGUAUGAUCGGUCUCACCGACACCAUAAGAGCCGGGUACGGAUACAAAUCUGUUGUGUCUUCGUGACAUAGACAAGGCCUUACUACAUUUGUCACCUGAAGAUAAAAAAGCACAGUCUAUAGAGAAUUUCUUUAAUAUUGACCAUUAUAAACUACGAGGAUGGUAUAAAUAAUUUCCAGUCUAAGAGUGAAUGAAACAAAAUAUGGAUUUUAUUUUUCAAUAUAAUCUUGUCGCUCAGUACACUUGGCCUAACGAAAUUCGAGGCCUUUUAUGCCGCUCCUAUACUUCGAUUCGUCCAGCUUUCCAAAAUUAGCGUAUAUGCUGGCAAUAAUUUUCAAAUCGGACGCUUAUUGUUUUAUGUUCGGAGUCAUUGUUACGUGUCUUAUUUCAACAAUAUCGUUCAAGAAGUGUGCAUGGUCAUCAAUUUCGUUUGUAAAUCCUGCUAAAUCAGAAAAUUCGAUGUCUUCUUUCAAAUCUUUCACUACUAAUGUGUUAAUUAAUAUCAAAAUAUGUGAGAUAGAACGUUGAACUGAUUUAGAAUUAAAAAUUCUUGUAAAAUCCUAGAAGUUGAACAAUUUUUAAUCAGUUCGGAUCACAAUUCAUUCGUUGUUGGAACGUUGCACUGUAAAUUUUGAAUUUUUUAACACGUUAAAGACCGCAUGCCCACCGGUGGGUUACUCCGCAACAACAUCACUGGCCCGCGUGCUAACGAGUGGGCACACGAAAUGUUUUACUUACCUGGGGACCGCUUGUACACCUGUGGGCAUGAUUUAAAUUUAAUUUAUGUACAAUAGUUCAUUCGCUGGUCCCUCGAAGAGAUACUGCAUAUAGCGGACUUAGUUAAUUUGACAUAGCCUCAUUUUAAAAAGAUUUUUUUUUAAUCAAACAAAAUUAACGAGUUUUUAAGAUUUUCAAGGUAAAAUAAAAAAUCAUUUAGAACACAACUUUUAAUAUAUAUUAUAUUCAAUAUUUGUGUUACAACUUAUUUAGUUUCGUCAAAGCUAGAAUGUGCAAGACAAACUGACUCACCGGUGGGCAUGCGGUUUACGAAAGUAAAUUUACACGUUGGGACCGGGUGAUCACGCGUGGGCACUUUAAUUGAAAUAAAUCUAGGGGUUAAAUAAUGUCUACCUCAAAUUAUUGUACACUAAAAACAUAUUUAAAAAAAUAGUAUACGUAAUUAACAAUAAAAAAAAUACCGGUCCAUAUUUGAGAAAUAAGAUUUUUCAAUGCGGUCUUCAAAGUGUUAAAUAGACUUAGUAAAGUUCUGUACUUUCGUUGGAACAUUCACAUUUUAUAUCCCGCGUUUUUGAGACUAACUGCCACUGAAAAUGAUAUCUGCAUGGUUUAUUUUUGUGUUAAAGACUCAAUAUUUCCAAUCAUUUUACAUUCGGAAUUUUCGUAUUGAUUUAAUAUAAAUAUAAACCACGCGACAAAAUAGUUUUAUAUUUUGUAUUGUUCUUUCGUAUAUGUCUACUUUUUUACCCAAAUUAACUACUGACUUAAUGCUUUAAGUAACCAUUUUAUUUAUUUGUAUUUAUUUCGGGUUUCGAUAUGUCUUCAAAAAUGCUGUACAUAUUUUUUUCUUAUUUAUUGAUAGGAAUAAUGUUACUUGUAGAGUUAGUUCAUAGAUAGCAAUAUAUUUUUGUUUUUAUUUUUUGAAUGAAUCUUGUUUUGCUUUAUUAAAGGAAAGAGUAUUUUUGUAAAUAAAUUACGACCAGCCAUACUAGUUUAAUAAAUGUAUGACUAUUCCAGUCUAUUCC